CAUGCUGCUUUAAUCAGACUGCGGUCAUAAUGCAAAACCGUUGGACGGCAGUUAAGUUUCUCCUUCUUCUAAUGGUGCCAGCCAUUCGGGGGAACCUGGACGGAUCCGGAAGAUGUGGGCCCUACGAGUGCCAUCUGAGCAAUCCGAUUUGCCGAUGUGAGUCCUUCUGCCAGGAGUUCACUCACCGGUGCUGGAAAAACCCAUCAGGAUGCCACUGUGCUAGGGGUUAUGCCCGCGACGAAGGUGGACACUGUGUGCCCCUAAUAUUGUGCGCCUGAUAAGAUUUACCAUCGAAUAUCACCAAAUAUAUCAAAUAUCACCUUCUAAUUCAUAUGUCAAGCAAUGUAAAACCAAUUUUACACGGUGCAAUAUAUAUAUAGACAGACGCAGUUUAAACAAGGAAAUAUGGGUAAUAAAACUAAUCGGGCGUAUUAUUAAAUAAACAGUUGCGCAAUACUGAUGUUUUUUGUUUGUCAUUUUACACAGAAAUAAUAUAGAUAUCUUUUCGAUAAUUUGCCUUUUAAUUUGUAUAUCACAAUCAUUUGAUUUGUGACAAUUAUAAAACCCAUAAAUAAAAAGUACAAAUAAAAUGCUUAACUCGAACAACA